CCUCAAAUCACUGACUCUUCUCUCCUCGACUCCCUCCCUCUCUUUACCUUCGCCUCCAUCCACCGCUGCUCAGCCUCAGCCUCCUCCUCCUCGGGCGAUUGCACGGUCUGCCUCUCCAAAUUCGAGCAAAACGACAAGCUCCGCCUCCUCCCUAUGUGCUGCCACGCCUUCCACUCCGCCUGCAUCGACACCUGGCUCCUCUCCAACCAGACCUGCCCUCUCUGCCGCUCCCCGCUUCACGCCUCUGAUUCCGACAUCCUCAAGGCUCUCUCCUCCUCUUCGGUCUCCGACAGCUUCCGCCUCGAGAUCGGCUCCGUCAGUCGGCGCCAGGGGGACGACGGCGCCAGGAGAUCGGUUUUGAAGAUUUCCAUUUCCCAUCUGAUCUGA